AUGGAAGGUAGUCACCUUCGGCGCCUCAAGACCUUGCGCAAGGUGCAAGCAAGAUUCUGGAGACCAGGCCUCGCUAGUGCCGUUAAGGAUUACUACGCAGCCUGCUUGACGUUUCAGGGCGGAAAAACGUUCUGCGCAAGAUUCUGCGCACGUCUUAUUGCAGGCUCAAGGCGGGCUGUUCUGACUGUGUUUGUUUGUCACUGAGAGUGAACGUUUGCUAUGGUAAAGCCUUUUUACCUGUUUUUUUUUUUCCGUCACUUGAAAAUUACUUUGGAUUCAGAACAACCAAUGUUAAAGGAAAAACGGAUCAUUCCGUCAGUCUGAGGUGGAAUAAAAAGUUUUGAACAUUUCCAAAGAGGCGAGUAUUUUUCUGAUUGUGCAUUCGGUUAAUUUGUGAGUUGAUUUCACCUUCUUUCGCCGGGCUGAAUUAAAACCCGCUUGUAUCCUAUUAUUAGUAGUUACAGUUACUUUUAUUGCAUGCCCAGAUUUAAUACCUUUGCAGAACCAGAUUUAUCCUUCUCUUCGGUCAAAGAACCAUAUUGCUAACGUAUGCGAGUGAACAAACUUGUUGGCUUAAAAAUUUCUCAGAAAUAUAAGACCAGCAAGCAUACUCGAGAAGAAAAGACUACUUCGAUCAUUUCUCUGUUGCUCAAGUAAUAAUAGUCAGAGUGUUUUCAUGUCAUUUUUAAUUCAUACUUUUGUUUUUUAGUGCACUGCGAAAGUUUCUUUUCUUUAUAAGAAAUAACUUUCUGUACGCAAAUUUUCCUUUUCACUCGCUGUGAAGUAGAGAACGAUAACUGCCGGCAGUGACUUCAAAACAAUUGACCCUCUGCCCGUGAACAAUUGCUGGAGCUGGAUUUGACUGAAGCGAGCAAAGCAGACCCUUGUAAUGAUUUUCUGAGUGCAAGUUGCUUGAAUGAAGACCCUCGCAUGGACCAGUUAUUAAAAAUAGCUAAUGGUGAAUCAUGGCUUGGCUGCGAAGCUUAUAACUGAUCUUUUGGUUUUAAGAUCUUUAGGUGGGUUGUUUUUCUAAAGAAAAUUCAUUUCUUCACUGUCAGCAGGUAGAAUUAUGAUAAUUUGUAGUUUUUGCAACCUUGUUCAAGCUUUUUUUUAGUUCGCUGAAUUUUGUGCAUGAUGGAAUUGUUCUAUGCUUGUCGCAUCUCUUGGUGAGCUUAAAGUGGCGUCUCUUCCUUGAAGUGAGUCAGUUGGAAAUUAAAUCAUAUACGUAACCGGAAAGUAAUUUUUGCAAUAAUGUAACUUUAACUUUGUUUGAAGGAAAUCCUACUUACGCGCAGGGUUUUGACAGGUGUUAUGCAUGUUCAACUUGAGAACACAAAAGCAAAAUUUAUCUGCGAGAAACUAUUAAGUUUUGACUGAAAACUAUAGUUGCUUUGAACCGAUUUUUGGGAAGAUUUUACUUGAUAAAGAUUGACUCUUUUUCUGCCCACAUAUCAACGCCAAAACUUCUACAUUGAGGAUUUUGUUUAUAUUUCAGUGGUCUGUGAAGCUACAAUUGUCCGAUCGAGGGUGGGUUUUAAAAUUUCAGCUCGAGGGCGACAAAGUUCAGUGACUUCAAACACAUUGUGGGCGUACAUUAAUUUAUUGGGCAAAUCAUUGUACAAAGAUAUAUAUUUUUUUUGUCCACAGUGGAGCUCCAGACCUUAUAUAUCCAAGACCUUCCUUAUAUGAACACAUUUUGUGAAUGCAUCUUGAAAAAAAUCGGACCUACGCAUGCACAUUUCAUGUACAACGCAAGAAAAUUACUGUCGUUAAAGUCCGUUUUACUAUAAGAUAUUUUUCCAGAAAAUUAAGUAAUGAGAAGGUUAUAACCACAGUUUGCAACUUUUGAAGAAAAAUUGCUUGUACUUUUCAGGUUUUGAGUGGAAACAUUUUAUAAUUUUUAGGCAAAAAAUAUUUGAAAUCCCGCCAUUUUUUCAAACCCGGCCAAUGGAUCUGGGCAAAAAAGUUCAUGCAUGCUCAUCACGUUUUUCCGCCCUGAAGUUUGAUGUUUGUUUAGUGGAAAAACAGCUUAAAAAGGCCCAGCAACGACAGAAGGAUUGCUUUGACAACGGUGUUGAAACUUGCCAAUAUGUACCCGGUGACUUGGUUUUCCUGUUCAAUCCUCAGGUUAAGACAGGCGAAGCUGCGAAGUUUCACGGCGAAAGGAAGGGGCCUUAUGAGGUUCUAGAGCGCACAACUGAGGUUAACUAUCGCAUAAAGACGCCAAGUGAUCCCGGACGCCGUUCGAAAGUUAUUCAUUUUAACAAUUUAAAGCUGUACCAGUACAAAACGAGGUGA